CCGGCGUUCAGUCACAGUUUGGAAUCAUUUUCUUCUCUUAUGCACGCGCGAGAAUUACUCACACCAGACGGAAAAUUGUUUUAUAACUCUUUUAUUUAGUUCUAAAUUGGAUUACAUGCGUAAUGAUUCGAAACAGAACAUAUACAUCAGAAACAUAACAGCAGGCAGUCACAAACUAGUGCGAGCAGACAGUGCUGCCAACUUUGCAUCUGUAGUUAUUCGCAUAAUUUCCAUUAGUAGUCUUGGACUUUUCAUGGCACAUAUCUUGACCAUUCUGGCACCCAGGAAAUGGAAGUGAGAUUAAUGGCCGCCACCCCCGUCCCACCACCACCACCAAUCCCUCCUCCGCCGCCGCCACCACCCCCUCCUGCCCCAGCCUGCAGCUUGACCAGCGUGGACUCCAGCCGCAAACACAGGCUUCGCAACAUCAACUGGGAGCGGAUACCCAAAGAGCGUGUGGAGGGCCGUAAGAGUGUGUGGAGUGGGUCCCUGAAUGAGGACGAUGACUUCCGUAUCGACUUGAACUCUCUAGAUGAGCUCUUUGGACAGAAAGAAGCCGGCAAGCCAGACAGGACCAACAGCUUUCGGCGAGGUUUGAUGCGCUGCAGAUCUCCCCUAGAAACUAGCGUUAACAAAGUUACACUGCUGGACUCAAAACGCAGCAUGAAUGUUGGAAUAUUUCUACGGCAGUUGAAAAUUGCGGCCAAGGAGAUCAUGGAGGAUGUGAGGCAGGGGGCCGGAGAGCGGUAUGGAGCCGAGAAACUGACAGAACUUUGCAAGCUGCUGCCUGAUAACGAAGAGGAGGCUAGGUUAAAAAAGUUCAGUGGUGACCGUAGUUUACUGGCAGAACCAGAUCUAUUCAUGCUGUUGCUGGUGGAGUUACCAAGCUUUCGCAUGCGUCUGGAUGCCAUGAUCCUCCAGCAGGAGUUUGACCCUGCGGUGACCUCUCUCUGUGAGGCGGCCAGAUGUCUGGGGGAGGCAGCUCGAGAGUUGCUGAGCUGCCCUGAGCUUCACUCCAUCCUGCGUCUGGUGCUCAAGGCGGGAAACUAUAUGAAUGCUGGAGGUUAUGCUGGGAAUGCUGCUGGAUUCAGGAUUUCAUCUUUACUCAAACUGGCCGACACCAAAGCCAACAAACCAAGCAUGAACCUCCUGCAUUUUGUUGCCAUGGAGGCUGUGAAGAAGGAUAAAGACUUGCUGAUGUUUCCCAAACGCUUGAGUCACGUCGGUCCAGCUUCAAGGUUAUCAGAAGAGUCUGUGGCAGAGGAUCUAUCACGAUUGCGGAGUAGAGUCGCCAAACUCCGAAUCAGAGCUCAGGCCGACACUGAAAUCGAGCAACAGACGAGAACCUUUCUGGAGGUGGCAGAGGUGAGGCUGAAGGAAGCUACGGGUGAGGUGGAAAUCUUACAAAACACUAGUAAAGCCCUCAUGGAUUUCUUCUGUGAAGAUGAGAAUUCCUUCAAACUAGAGGAGGCCUGUCGUAUCUUCCAGUGCUUCUGCCAGCGAUUCCAAAGAGCCAUGCUGGAGAAUAAAGAACGGGAGCUACAGGAGCAGCGGCGUGUGGCACGCGAGCGUGAGAAUGUGGAAAAGCGUCGUUCCCUUGCCCUGAGCACCGGCCUGGAAGUGGAAAAGCGUCGUUCCCUGGCCCUGUGCACCAGUUUGGAAGAGGAGUGCAAAUCGGACGACCUGGAUCACGCUCUACAGAGAAGCUUAAGUUACACUGGGACCCGUCGCAGUCUCCGCAGACACUCCCAGUACAUCCUCUACUCUGAGGAGAGAAAUAUGAAAUCUGACCAGCAGCAUUUCAACUCGGAGAGUGAAAGCCUUCAUGCUCUUAGUCCUGAAGGAUUUUGUAAAGCUUCAGAGCUAAGGAGACAUUUAUUAUGCAAGAGUGAUGCUGAACAAACUGAACAAGGAAUAAACAUAGAACUAAAAGAAGGUCAGUGUUUGUUCGGCACAGAUUCAACGUGUGGCCUUCAGCGAGGUGCAAUGGCUACACCAAACGGUAUGAAAAGCCAUUCUAUGUUGAAUACAAGGACAAUCCCCAGUGAUAGCACUUUUGUUGCUUUAGGAGAAACAAGUAUCACGUCACAUCAGGAGGGGGUAGCGAAUGUCUCGCAGCUCACAGGACUAUCCUCUAACAUUGUUUUGAAAGUUGAGAAACAAGUUCAAGAAGCCUGUGAAAGGCUGACGCAGAUAGCAACAGAGGCUUCGGAGGACGCUGAGAAGCAGGAUUGUGAGAACGGCAAAGAGACUCCAUCUGAAAGAGGAGUAACGUCACAGACAGAUGCUGAAACCACCACAAGUCUGUUGGGAGAGACUUUGUUGAACGCCUCUUGCCCUGUUGACGCUAGUCCUCCACUUACCCACGAACCUGAGCCCGCUAGUCCAGAUAGAAGCCAUGUUUACCCACGAGUUGGCGAGACACUUGAGUGCCACACCCUAGUAAGGGGCCUCCGCUCAUAUGAGAGCCUUUCGCCUUCUGUAGUGCGCCCUGCAACUAAUCACUGCUCUAAAUGGAAAAAAGAGCGAGAAGCUGAGGAGAGGGAUGGUGCUAGCUCACCACAUGCUAAGGAGAAUUCGCGUACGAUAACAACGCCCACUCGAGGACCAACUAAAAGAGGACUUGUACCUCGCGGAGGGCCUUCGAAUAGUAAUGGCAUUCCAAGGGUGCGCACUAAGGCGGAGCCAACUCCUGCCGAUGGUUUGUCAGCUAGUCACGUAUCGCGUCCUUCCCCUAUUCGUUCCACGUCUGUACGCUCAUCGCUAAUCACACGAUUCAACGCCGUCCAAAACGAACUCAAACAAAGCGUCAGUGCACGACAGAAGGCAGAUGCCCAGUCUUACAUUAAACAAAAGCAUAACGCCAAUGAGACUGUGAACCAGGACAAGGACAAAAGUCGCGAGCCGUUUGUUCGUGGCUCGCCAUUACGCGUGUCCAAACGGCUGGCGCCCAAUUCGGACUCCCAGACGGCCCACGCUAUACAUAGUCCAACCGCUGCUACUACCGCAAAGACAAUUCGCACGGCCAUAAUCAGUGCAGCCAAAGCCAAGACCGCUAAGAGCCCAGAGUCUGCCUUCACCAAGAGCCUGGGUUCCCGAAUCCCAGGCCCUAAAUUUCCCAGACCUGCUGCCCAACCCAUGUGGAGAUAACAUUUGGUUGCUUGAACACUUAGAGUAGCAUGCAUAAGCAUAAAGGAUUGGUUCACCCAAAAAUUACAAUUCUGUAGUUUUACUUGCCAUCUUGUUCUGUAUCCAAAUCUGUAUGUCAGUCUUUAUUCAGUGGAGCGCAAAAUACAUUUCAAAGAAUCUGAAGUGACUGAUCACUCUUUUCCAUGCAGUUAAGACGAUGAGGAUUGAAGCUUUCAAAAAGGAUGCAAGAGUAUCAUAAAAGUAUCAUUAAAGUAGUCUGUAUGACUUGUGCACUUCUGAAGCCAUUCAAAUGAAACCUGAACGAAUCAUUCGUCGGAGUCUGAUCUUUUCAAUGAAAUAGCUGAUCCCGUUCACAAGAAAAGUGUGUCGAGUGAUCCGUUCAACUCAUUGACUUAUUCCAUGGAAAAGAGUGACCAGUAAAUAAUUCAGAAUUCCUCCUUUUGUGUUCCACGGAAUUAACAAAGUUAUAUGGGUUGAGAAUGACGGUCAGUUAAUAAUGUCAUCAUUUACAUCUUUGGGUGAACUAUUCCUUUGAAUAUAUGAUGUAGAAAACCAGUGGACUUCCGAUGGUGGACAUUAAGGUUUUUGUGUGAACUGUCAACUCAAACUGUGUUCUCCUUCCAAAAUGCCACUAAAUAAAGAAGCUAUUCAUUGUGUCCGCUCAGAAUGGACAGUCCACUGUGCACUGUAAUGAAUCCCGGGCAGAAUGACCGCUACAUUCAGAGUUCUCCACUCAUUCAGAAUCUCCACAUUUUCAAGACUUUGAUUCUCAUUAAAGUUGAAACUAUCAGGAGAGACUCAUCCAGUACAGUCUCUUUCUGCAUACUCUACCUCUGAACACUUGAGUGCCCUGUGCAGGUAACAGUGCACCUCAGAAGGGGAAGUUGAACAUGAUUCCUCCGAAAACCUUCUUACAACAACUUUUUAUAUCUAACUUAAAAGCGUUUGCCUUGCAAUGUUUUUGCUAGAAUGUUAGCUCUCUAUCACGAGACAUUUUAUUCAGUGUCGAAGCAAAUAGAUCCUAUAAUAAAUGACUGAAAACUGAACUCUCAUAUAAUACAGUCCUCUGUGGUCUAAUUGACCUUAAAUUGCCCAGGUCAUAUUGACUGUGUAUUUUGCAUUUAGGUACAAAAUAGUGAGUAAAAAUCAACAUGUGAUCAGUUUAAAUGUACAAUACAAGAUCCCAAAGUAAAUAUGGUGAAGCAAAAUGCAUUGCAUUAUGCCCGCAUCUGUACUGGUUGGGUUCCCUCACUUUGAUGCACUUUAAAGAUGAAUGAGUUUCAAUGCUUGCAGAAAUAGUCUCUGUGGUAAUCUGCUGUUUUAUGUGUUUUGUGUUAAAGAAAUGUUAAAUUAACAGAAUUGAAAACAUUGAUGCCCUCUUUAAUAUUUGU